UCAUUCUCUCUUCCUUCAACUAUAGUACCAUACCAGUUUCUUACCCCCGCUCUCUCUCUCUCUCUCCAUGUCAAAGGCAAAAGGGUGCCAUGACCAGACACUCACAUCCUCAGGGUUUAAAACCAAGAGAGAACGGAUAGAAAGGCGGAAGGUACCUGUAGUGACCUAUUGGGCUGGGUUCCUGGGGCUCUCUGAAAGCCUGAACGAGAGAAGUAGUAGCAAUCGAGUGCUUCUGCAUUGCGAUUCCUCAAACAAGUAGCAGAACCUUCAAGACCGGACUGAUCACAGGUUGAAGCCGAAACCAGACUGAAUUUCAGGUUCCGAUCUGCUGAGAAGGACGCAGGAAUCCCCAUCUCCGAUCUCAGAGUGACCAGUUGCAACCAUUAAUCACUUUUCCAAUGAGAAUAAGGUGGCACUGCUUUGAUUUAAGGUUGUGGUUCCCUUCAAGCCCUGAAACGAUAUCACAAAAUUUUAGUACACGAUAAAAGUUAUGGUAUCACCUAUGAAAAACACAUACAAAUUUGGAUGGGAAGGAAUCCUAGAUAUUUUUUAAGGCAUUCUUUCCCAUCCAAAUUUGUAUGUGUUUUCAGGACUGAUAAUAUAACUUACUUUUUAGUAUUACUAAAAUUUUGUGAGAUGACUUCAGGGACUUGAAGAGAACCAUGUUCAGAUCCAAGCAGUGCCAUCUUAUUCUCAUUACGUUUUCUCCAAUGUUUUCCGCUAUCUCAAUAUGUUAAUCUCAUUUUUCUUUCAUGGUUGGAGAAAAGUUUUAUUCCCAUGGCUUGAUGGGGUUUUAUUACCAUGGCUUGAUGGGGAAACCAAAAUACUGUUCAUGCUGAACAAGUUUCUUCUUUCUACUUCUUUCUUUUUGCUUUAUUAUUAUUAUUAUUAUUAUUAUUGGAUAUUCUAUUACUGCUAUUGUUUUGGUCUUCAUCUGGACGCUUGCAUAAGAUCAGAUAGUUGGUUCUCCUUAAAUCCUUCUGGGCCUGAUUGUACUGCUUUUUUUAUCUAUUCAUAUCUGUCUCUAGAACUGUUCUGAAGUUGCUCUUUUUUAUCGCUCUAUCUCUUGCUGGAAAACACAGUAUUCAAUUUAUUUUAUUUAUUUUUUUAAAUUUCAGUUUUUGUUUGAUGUCCUCAUAAGAUGUGAAAAACAGUUCUUUAGUCAUCAGAGUAGCCUCCUGCUGGUGGUUUCCCAAGAAAUUAUUAGCACUAGAUACCAUCGGUAUCAUCUGAAUGUUAAGUAAAAUCUUAAGUAAGCCUCGAGUUAAUUGGGUCAACUUUGUAAGAGUUAGAGAAAGUUUUCUUCGUAAUCUAUUUCCAAAAAGGUUAGAGUUUUGUUUCUAUUUGCCAAAAAAGAGAAAAGAAAAAAAUAUUGUCUGAAACCAUGAUAUGAACCACUAAUCCAGAGCCAAAUAGGGAUCAGGGCAAUUUGUGAAAGUUGACUAGUGGAUUUUAUUUCCCCUCUCAGGUUCCUUUCUUUGUUUUGACUAUAUUCACUCAUCAAUUAGAAAAAUAGCAAUGUUUGUUAUGAUCAUGUACCUAAAUUUGGCUGCAUGAUUUUAAUAGGAGUGGUUAUUCUAAAAAAGUUGCUCCCAUAUUAAUAUUUUCCAUUUAGGCUCGAAUUCAUAUUCCAGGAAAUUUCGGUCACUGCCUACAUUAAUAUUCACAUCCUGAUAGUAGUCUAAGAUUAUGUCCAUCGAGGUUUAGGGUUAUAUAAUGAUAAGAAACUAAACUCCAAUUGGUUCUUAAAAAUAUGGCAGUGGCUUGAGAUGGUAUGCUAACACCAAAAUCCAAAUACAUUAGGUAGGAUGAACUGUCAUUAGUCAGAGGCUCUGAAAAGGAUGGGACAUGGAUCACUGAAGAAAAAAGUAUAUGCUUUAACAUAUGAUAAAGCCAUGGGCACAAUGGAAUGGCAGCCGAGUGUUUCAUGUAGGCAACCCGAGAUGGUUAUGACCAUGCUUGAAUGUUACUGGCUACUGGCCGCAGCCAAUGCUAAUGAUCAUAUUGGUUUAACAAAUAACAACAAUUAUUUCAGCUGUUAGCCUUCUACAAGUAUCAUCCCGAGAUUUAAAGAACUCAAUGAGUAGGAAUUACAUAUUAAAAGCCCUCCAACCUUCAAAUAUGGAAAAAUAAAUAAACAUAUCUAACACUACUUUAACCACAAUUAGGGCCCCUAAUGUAGUACUGAUUUACAGAGUAAAACAAUACCAAGACAGGAUUGAAGACAGUAGCUAACACGGGGAAUUAAUAAACAGCAAUCAGAGGGAGGAUAUUAUGGUAAUGUCCAGACCAAAUUAGGUUCAGAAAUUAUGUCAAAUAGUCUCAAUCGAUCUCCGAAAACAGAACUGAGGUCUAGACACAAAACAGGAAACAAAACAGUAGUUUUCAAAGGACAGAAACAGUAGUAGUCGAUUCAGGUUCUGAGAAGGGAAGUGUAAAAUUGGUAUUUUGCAAAUAUGUCAAGAUCCAGCCGUCAGAAAGAGUCCAAAAUUUUCCAAACUAGGAUUCUUGAAGGUCUGGUGAAAUUUUGAAUGCAAUCGGAUGGCUGAAUAACUUAAUCCGAAAAAAUCUUGGAUCCAACCUUAUAGAAGAUCUGAACAAAUCAAAAGAUUACUUGAAGAACAGUGCUUACUUGACAGAAGCUGGAACAAGAGAACGAAAGAUGAUAAAAGGAGGAGGAAUGAUGCCCGUGUAGCAUUCCCCAAGCCCACACACAACCUUUGUUUUCAGGGGGGCAGGGGCAUCUUUUCUCAACCCAUGAAAACAGGGGCUGUGGACAGCAUUCUUUCUCCCAAAAUAAAAAUAAAAAAUUCUUCUAGAAGUGGUAUGCAAUUAAUGAGUUUUUGAAGCCCAAAGUUACCAAAAUCAAUCCCCAAAAUUCCUCAUCAGACCCAAAAACCAUACAUACCAAAAUCAGCACUUCAUUCGGUAGAAAGAGCCAUACUGCUCAAAUUUGUUCGGCCACUGCCAUCAUCGAUUCAGCACAAAACUUCUGUGUAGACGAUCUUUAGUAACUGCUAGUCUCACUUCUACUGCAAGUCUUCUUUUCCUAGAUUUUAUACAAAAUAAAGUAAGUCAUUACAAGUUAUUCUAGUGUAUAUUGCGGGGAAAGUGCAGCAUUCUGUCCUCAAAUUUCAACUCUUUUCGUCACUGGCACUCGUAAGGGUUCCUUCCAUUCCUUUUCUUCUCCUUUUUAGUUCAUUUCCCUUAUUUUUUUCUCGUUCUUUGUACAUUGAGGUCACAAGUUGUUUUAGUUGUGGGGUUAUUAUGUAUUUGAUAAAGUAAGAUAGUAUUGAAGAGUUUGUUGAAGUCCUGAAUCAAUGAAGUGGCAAUCGGUCCAACAAACGGGUUGAGUGUAAGAAUUUGUUUGAAGAAGCUCAAUUGUUGAGGAAACAGGGCAAGCCGACAAGCAUAAGAAAGUAGUGGAGAGAGACGGGAUCAUUUUCUGUCUGUUGAAACCCUAGAUAUUGGAAUCAGGAAGUAGCAAAGAUCUCCAUAAGUCUGUAAAUAUUUUUUUAUUCAAUAAACUUGGGAAUCUUGCUAACGGAGGUUAGCUUCAUUGAUUUUUUGCUUUUACUGAUCCAAUUCUGAUUCCAAUUCCAAUUCCAAUUCCUUAAACCAUUAUGACUGGCUCCAUAUUCAGAUUUUGGGUUCCAAUAUGAUUGUUGCCUUGUUGGAGUCCUGUGAGAAAAGAGAAAGCUUUAAGUUUCAUGCUUUAUGGAAGGUUUUAAGUCCCAUGCUUUAGGGAUCUGAGAUACUUUUAGCCAUUUUCUUGUAUCUUAUGUGUCUUACUGUUCCUCUUUGCUAAUAUAAGAAUUUUUAUUAUUACUUGCAAUAGCUGUUUUGUUGCUAGGAGCAGGAGCUCUCCUUGGUUUGCUAUAGUCUUUUAUCAUAUCAAAAUUCUGUUUUUUCAAUAACAAAGUAUUUACCAAACCAUUAACCAUUGCAGGACGGAAAUGGCUUCUUGUUCAACUAUAGACAUCUUGAGUGAUCUACCAGAAAAUAUACUAGAAAACAUCUUUUCUCAUUUGUCAAUGAGAGACGUGGUGAGAACCAGUGUUCUAUCAACUAAGAGGAGAUACAAAUGCAUUUCAGUUCCACAUCUCAUAUUCCAUGAUGAUUGUAUACCAGUUUCUGUUGGUUCACUUGGUCAUGAUAAACUUGUGCAAAUUGUUAAUCAUGUUCUCCUACUUCAUAGAGGUCCAGUUCUAACGUUUCAGAUCUCUAGUUCACUGUUAAAAACCUGUUCAGAUAUAGACAGCUGGAUUCUUUACCUCUCAUUAUAUUCUGUCAAUUUUAUCAGAGAUUUUAAACUUCUGAUUUCUGAAUCCGAGCGUCAUAAUGUCCAUCCAUGUUUAUUCUCCUUUAAAAAACUGGUUCAUCUAAUAAUGGCUGGUUGCAUAAUCAUACUUCCUGUGAUGUUCAGAGGCUUUAGCUGUCUCACAACUCUGGCUUUUAAACAUGUUACACUCUCUAAUGCGGCAUUCGAAUGUUUGGUUUCUACCUGCCCUCAACUAGAAGGGUUGGCAUUGAUUGAUAUUGAUGGUCCUACUCGUAUCGAACUUAGCAAUCUGAAACUCAAGUACUUUUGGAUCUAUGGAAAAUUCAUUUCUAUAUACCUCAAAGAGUUAAGGUUUUUAGUUUAUGCAAGCCAUUUUGCAACAACAGCGGUUCAUCCUGACCAACGAAGAACUUGCAAUUUUAGCAACAUUCUUGGCUCUCUACCAGGUAUUCAAAAGCUUGUCAUGGGAGGCUGGUAUCUACAGUCUUUAGCCAUUGGUGAUAUGCCUCGGAGGCUUCCUUCUACUUAUGAUCAUUUGAAGAGCAAAUGCUUUGCCCUGAACAUAGAGGAUAUGAAAGAUAUUUUAGUUGCUAUUUGGUUACUUAAAAGCUCCCCUAAUUUGCAAAAGCUUGAAAUCCAUCUCUGGUGCUUUAAGAGAGAUGCGAUAGUUCCUAUCUUGGAUCAACAAAUAGCAAAGGAUCAGUUGGAGUGUACAUUCAACAAACUUCGUGUUGUGAAUAUGUCUAGACUCCUUGGCAUGAAAAUGGAAUUGGAAUUCAUUAAAUUUUUCCUUGCCAAUUCACCAUUGCUUGAAACAAUGAACAUCAUUCCUGCAAUAAAUGGCAUUGACAAAGGAUUCAUCCGAUACCCAUUUAAUCUUAUUGGAGAGAGGAAUUUCAUCACAAGGAGUGGAGAGUUGAUUCUCAAGAUUCAGAUGAGAUUGGAUAAGAGAUCUUUUAAGUAUGUUAAUGUUCCCAAAGGUAUUGACAUUCUAUUUGGAGAGGGAUCUACUAAAACUAGCAAGUUUGGAGAUAAGGUUCACAUCAGAGAGUAG